GCGCCGUUGCCGGGGAGUGGCACGGUUGUUUGUUAAGUACUUUCUGUGGAAUAGGUAAAAGUAAGUCGGUGAGACUUUCUAUUUCUUUUCUGUUAUUUGUUUUUGUUUUUGGUGUUCUUUGCACGUGAACUAAGCUGCAGGAACCAGUGCAUGCACACUCGCUCCUUGGGGGAACAAGAUUUAAUUGCAGGUUAUUCGGAUCCUGAACGCUUAUUCCGAGGAAGAGCUAAAAGGCGGUUGCUAGAAGACUUAAACAAAAUGGCCGAUGAGACAACUCUGGAGAAGUUGACGCCUAACUAUGUGGCGAGAAAUAGCAUUGGUGCACCCACCAUUGAGGCCAACAAUUUUGAAAUCAAGCCGGCCAUGAUGCAGAUGCUUGCUAAUAAUCCAUUCUGUGGAUACACCCAUGAAGAUCCAAUGGAACAUAUUGAGAGCUUUAUUCAGACAUGUGCCACAUUCAAAUACAAUGGGGUAUCCAGCGAGGCAGUGAGGUUGACCUUAUUUCCAUUCUCGUUGAGAGACAAGGCAUCGCGGUGGCUCCGUAGCUUUCCAACGGGCAUUUUGAUACAUGGGAGAAGCUUCAUCAGGCAUUUAUACAGGAGUACUUUCCUCCCUCUGCCGCUAUCAAAGUUCAGACAGAAAUUCUCAACUUCACUCAAGCUCCGACCGAGACUUUCAGUGAAGCAUGGGAUAGGCUUAAGACGCUGAGAAGGAAGUGUCCAGAAACAUUCAUGAAUUCAGCAACCAUUAUGUGCAGAUUUUAUAAUGGUCUUCGGCUGGAGUAUAUGAGAGAAAUAGACCGGGCAUCUCAGGGGGGUAUGUUUCUAAAAUUGUCCCCAGAGGCAGAAGAGCACAUAAUAGAGAAUUUGGCUUCAAAUGAUAAAUAUUGGUACGCGGGCAAGGAGAGAGCUCAAAAUCCACCUGGUCUGCUCAAUUUAGAUCCCAUCACUGCACUCACAGCGAAGAUCGAGGGACUGGCAGUGGAUGUCAAAGACUUGAAGGCACAGACCUCUCAGCAGCAACAUGUCCACAAUAUUGGGGCAUAUCAGCCCUCUUAUCCUAUGUAUUCUGCCCCACUUCCCGUUCGAGCAAGUUAUCCAAGUCCAACUGGCCAAGAACUAGCUUUAUCUUGCGAAAUGUGCAUGGGAGCUCACCUCACUCACACCUGUCCUCUUUAUGUUCAGAAUCAGGCAACUCCAGUGGUCCGUGAUGUGAAUUUCAUGGAAUACGGUCAAGGCCAGAGAGCUGGUGGGCAGUUUUUCAACAAUCAAGUUCAGAGAGGAAACUUUCAGCAAGGAGGAGGCUCGUGGAGACCUGAAAAUCAGAAUCAGGGGCAGCGGAAUGCUCCCAAUUACCAAGCAAAUUUUCAGAAUAGAGGCAAUCCAAAUCAGCCCACUUAUGUCCCGCCUCACCAAAGACAGCUUGAACCACCUCCGAUAAAUGCAGCGCUAGAGAAAACAGUGGCUGAAUUAGCCAAAAAUCAAGCAGAGAUGCACCAGCGUUUCAGAACCUAGAAGCUCUUAUCCGCCAGCUUGGUUCAGUUGCUCCUAGAGAACCAGGCAGCCUUCCGAGUUCAACAGAACCCAAUCCAAGGGAGCAAGUGCAGGCCGUUACACUACGCAGCGGGAAGACCCUUACAGAAGUUAAUACUCCACCAUUGCCUCAACAAAAUGAUGACCAACGGCAUCAAGAGCCGAAAUCCCAGGAGGUUGAAGAAGAACCAGUGGAUGUCCCUAUUCCUUCCAGGAGUAAUGAAGCUCAGAAAGAAGAUUCUCUGAAGAAAGAGAAGAGUAAGACGACUCCACCUCUCCCGUUCCCUACACGGGUGAAGAGAAGUAAUGAUAACACGAACCUGAUUAGAUUUAUGGAGCAUCUGAAGCAGCUUCAUAUUAAUGUCCCAUUCAUAGAAGCUUUGACGGAGAUGCCGAGGUACGCAAAAUUUCUGAAGGAUCUCCUCACGAAAAAGAGGAGGUGGGAAGAGCCGGAAGUGGUGGAUCUUAAUGCGGAAUGUUCAGCAGUUGUUCUGAAGACUAUGCCUCCGAAGCUAAAAGACCCAGGGAGUUUUACUGUACCUUGUUCUAUUGAAAAUUUUAUGUUUAAUAAUGCCUUAGCUGAUUUAGGAGCUAGCAUCAACCUGAUGCCUUCCUCUGUGGUCAUGAAACUUGGCUUGGGUGAACUAAAGCCCACUCGUAUGAGCCUUCAGCUAGCGGACCGAUCGGUGAAAUACCCGAAAGGAAUUCUAGAGGAUGUAUUAGUACGAGUGGACAAGUUCAUAUUCCCUGUCGAUUUUGUGGUCAUGGACAUGGAGGAAGAUCGUGAGACUCCACUUAUUUUAGGGAGGCCCUUUCUGGCUACUGCUAAGGCCCUUGUCGAUGUUGCUGCUGGUUCACUUUCUCUGAGAGUUGGGGACGAUGUGUGCACUUUUAAACUCUCAGAGGUGAUGAGUAAGGCCUCAGACCCCGCUGAAUCGUGCCAUUAUCUUGAUAUGUUUGAGUCAGUGGAGGGGUAUUUAUUUGGAGGCGAUAGUGAUAUUACCCCACCUGUUAGUGACAUUCAUUAUGUGGG